AUGGCGUUCGAUACGAGAUCAGCAUAUUCCCUCAGCGUGCUCUCCGCCCCUCAAGACGCACUGGUCGAGCCACGCACCGAAUUGCAGUCAAAACUGAAAGACUUUGUCCUCGCGUUUCAACUGGACGGCUCCUACAUUUACAGAGACCAGAUCCGCGAAAAUGUGCUCGUCAAGCAAUACUACUGCGACAUCGACCUCGCGCACCUGAUCUCGUACGAUGAAGAACUGGCACACCGACUGACGAGCGAUCCCGCCGAUGUGAUCCCCUUGUUCGAAGCUGCGCUGAAGCAGUGUACAAAACGGAUUGUCUUCCCUCACGACCCCGAAAUUGAGCUUCCUCAGCACCAACUCCUCCUCCACUCCUCUGUCUCACAUAUUUCAAUCCGAGAUCUUAAUGCCACCAAUGUUUCACACCUGGUGCGAAUUCCCGGUAUCGUCAUCGGCGCAUCCACCCUCUCCUCCAAAGCCACACUCCUCAACAUCAUGUGCCGAAACUGUGACCAUGUGGACAAUAUCCCGGUCGAAGGCGGCUUCUCCGGAAUCAGUUUACCGCGGAGAUGUGGAAGGCAGAAAAUCGAAGGCCAGGAGUCGGGCAAUCCUUGUCCCAUGGACCCAUACUAUGUGGUGCACGAACACUCCCAAUUCAUCGACCAGCAAAUCUUGAAACUGCAGGAGGCACCAGAUCAAGUUCCUGUCGGUGAACUGCCUCGUCAUAUCCUCAUCUCUGCAGACCGCUAUCUCACAAACCGAGUGGUCCCUGGAUCGCGAUGUACAGUCAUGGGUGUAUUCUCCAUCUACCAGCCAAACAAAGGGUCAAAGAAGGACGGUGCAGUUGCCAUUCGAAACCCCUACCUCCGAGCGGUCGGGAUCUCCACCGAUGUGGACCACAAUGCAAGCGGCGCCGUUUCAUUCUCUGACGAGGAGAUUCAAGAAUUCGAGGAAAUGUCACGAUUACCUGAUCUCUACGAGCGCUUUGCAAGGUGCAUAGCGCCGUCGAUUUAUGGGAAUGUGGACAUCAAAAAAGCCAUAUCCUGUCUAUUGAUGGGCGGGUCGAAAAAGAUCCUUCCCGACGGGAUGAAACUGCGAGGCGAUAUCAACGUGCUAUUACUGGGUGACCCGGGUACAGCCAAAUCACAACUCUUGAAAUUCGUGGAGAAAGUCUCCCCAAUUGCCAUCUACACUUCUGGAAAGGGUUCGUCGGCGGCUGGUCUGACCGCUUCCGUCCAGCGCGACACGCAAUCGCGGGAAUUCUAUCUGGAAGGGGGAGCAAUGGUCCUUGCAGACGGUGGUGUAGUCUGUAUCGACGAGUUUGACAAGAUGCGGGACGAAGACCGGGUGGCAAUCCACGAAGCAAUGGAACAACAAACCAUCUCCAUCGCCAAAGCAGGCAUCACCACCAUCUUGAACGCGCGCACGUCAGUCCUAGCUGCGGCGAAUCCGGUUUUCGGCCGGUAUGACGAUCUCAAGUCUCCAGGCGAGAACAUCGACUUCCAAACGACCAUUUUGUCUCGUUUCGACAUGAUCUUCAUUGUCAGAGAUGAUCACGACAGAAAUCGUGACGAGACGAUUGCCAAACACGUUAUGGGCAUUCACAUGGGCAAUCAAGGUGUCGAAGAACAAGCCGAAGUGGAAAUCCCGGUAGAGAAGAUGAAGAGGUACAUCAGUUUCUGCAAAUCUCGUUGCGCCCCCCGCCUCUCGGCUGCAGCAUCAGAAAAGCUGUCAUCUCAUUUCGUUUCGAUCCGAAAUCGCGUGGCUCAAGCCGAGGCGAACAGCAAUGUCAAAUCUUCCAUCCCCAUUACAAUCCGUCAACUUGAGGCCAUCAUCCGGAUCACGGAAUCCCUUGCAAAACUCACACUGUCCCCUAUAGCGGAAGAACAUCAUGUGGAUGAAGCCAUCCGCCUCUUCCUCGCAAGCACCAUGGACGCCGUGUCUCAAGGUGAAGGAGCCGGUGGAAUGGGCGGAAACAGAGAGUUGAUGGAAGAAGUGAGCCAAGUCGAAGAAGAGCUGAGAAGACGCCUACCGAUUGGAUGGAGCACGAGUCUAGGGACGCUAAGACGCGAAUUUGUCCAAGGUCGAGGAUACAGCGAAGCAGCGUUAGCUAGGGCUCUGCACGUCUUGCAAAGAAGAGAAACGGUGCGAUUGAGGAGUGGCGGAAGCCAAGUGUAUAGAAGUGGGGUUUGA